AUGUCUACAGCCUCCGCGGAGACCUUUCCCAGCCGCCCUGCAAGCUCUGCAGUCUGGGAACGCGCGCUUGAACGGCACCGAGAGGACACGGCCAUCGACAUCACCUCCGACGCUAUAGCGCCCGAGCUCGGGUCUAUCUGCAAUCAUGAUACGCUGCUACUCUUCGCCAAAGAACGUCGCGGCGCAUGCAACAUGGACACGCAUUGGGAUACGCGCACAUCGGACACCCUCCGACCCAUUUUGGUAGACCUCGAACUACUCCUUGGCAUCGUGACAGGCACUGCACCUUCGGUAGCCAAAAAAGACAUCGCCUAUAAGGCCAUCAUAUCUGUGAUCGAGCAGGUAUCGCAUGUACCCGACGAGCUGUGCUCGACAUCGUCGACGACGGGCGUGGAAGAGUGUUGCGUUCAGUAUGCUGCAACAAUCGUCGUUCUGAUGGGGCUAGCCCUCGCGCGGAAGGACAUACUGAUGAAGGACGAUUCUGUACGAAUGCUACUAGAGGAGCUCAGGUUGCAGGUCGAUGAUUUACGAUGGAAAAUUGGGCCGUUCGAAGUCCAAUGUCAGCGUGCUUGGAGCGAGAUUCAGGAUGCUGCAAAACAAGCACAUCUCGAUCUGCACAAUCUCGAUGCCAUUGACACCAUCAGCGACCUCAUCCUGCGACUGAAUGCCUACUGGCGUCAGACCGAGGUACGGUCAAAGGAUCAAACGCGACUGCUGGCAGCUGCGCGGUCAAUGCUGGACCCCCACAUGGUGUCACUCCGCGAAAUGGACAAACACGUUCACGUGACUGCAAGAGGACGCAACAGGAUGUACGGCAUCAUUGUGGAUGUGUUUUCACGUCUCACCACCAUACUCCAACGUGUAUCGUCACACUCUCCCACUGAAGAGGUCAUCAGCGCAAGCGUCCUGAGCUGUCGUAUUUUGCUCGAGAUGACGAAAGUCAUACUACUAUCUGUGGGUGUCAUCAAAGGACGGAAAGUAUGGUUCAGCAUCAAGCUGUGGACAGGGAUAGAGAAAUCUGUCUUACUGACAAUGGAGUCCAUUAGCAUGCAGCUGUGGAAGGACGCGAUCACGAUGUAUACAGCUACCACAGGAAAAGACAUCAGAUCGGUAGAGAUGCUGCAGGCGAUUGACAGCGUGGAUGGCCUACGGUCUAUGUUGGACACUGAGACGCAUAGUUUUACGCAUGAGAAAGAGAGGUACGGCGCGAUCCACAAGGUGCUCGAUCCCAUCAGCAAGUGCAUUACCCAGAUUCUCGACGUUGUUUCCGAUGCCGUAGAAUCGCAUCUCAGUCACAGCAAGGUCAUCUUCGGUGCCAUCGGACUGCUGUUCAAGGCAGCAAGGGUGGUUGGCGCUACAUACAACACGGUUCUGAAGCUUCUCACCACGCUAUCAGAUUUUCUCGGACGUCUCGAGCUGUAUGCAAAGCAGGAGUGUUCAGCCGCAUUGAAGAUGAUCCUGACGCAGAUACUGUGCCAGUUGCUGGGGCUCGAGACAAAGGUCAUUGCGGUCGGUCGCAUAUCUGCUUUCGGGAAAGCGAUCGUUGGACUGCACGACACGGAGGUGCACGAUGCGCUUGCCAAGCUGGACCAGCUCAUCGAUAGCGAAGGCCGCCUAGUGGAAGCGACCACCCUGCGUAUUGUCAGUGACACCGGGGAAGCCCUUCGAGUCGUAGAUAUUAAGGUCACGGAGGUCCUACAAGGCGUCGGACGGGUUCAAACGGGCGUACAAGAAGUAUUUACAAGUGUAGGGCAGGUUCAAGAGCAUGUCAUGGUGGUACGAUCAAUCUUGGAACAACAACAUAAUACAGUGGCCGCGAAAGAGGCAAAAUUAUGUGGUGUGGACAUCACACCUGCUCCUCUACCGACAAAGCAGGCUAUAUGCAUUGGUCGAGACGAGAACAUCGAUGCAUUCAAGGCGUUGCUGCUACAACGGAGCCAUGUUCUGAUAUUGGGAACGGGUGGUGUCGGCAAGACGACAAUCGCGCUCGAGUUACUCCAUCACCCGGAAGUCGCUUCCGCAUUCUCGACUCGCUAUUUCGUCUCGUGCGAUGCUGUUCUAGGUCUGGAAGCAUUUCGCCUCAGAGUGGCCGAUUCACUGGGUGUUUCGCCGGAGAUGCGAGGCCAACAGCUGCUUUCAGGCAUCCUCCGAACGCUGCGUGCUCGCCCAUCUGUGCUUUGCAUAGACAACUUCGAGACCAUCUGGGAGCCACCCCAGUCUCGCAAGGACGUCGAGGAGGAUUUAGCGCAGCUAGCAGGCGUGGAUGAUGUCGUACUGAUCGUCACCAUGCGUGGAGUAGAGCGCCCAGGAGGGAUCGCAUGGGCACCCACGACGUCCCUUCGACCGCUGUCUGUAGACGACGGGCUGACGGUGUUUGCCAAAGUCAGUGGCGCCCCUGUUGACGAAUACGGCGAAGAGCUAGUUCGUGCCACCGACGGCCUCCCUCUGGCCAUCAGCAUCCUCGCGCAUCUCACACAGCCUGAAAUGGAGACGACCGAGUCCUUGUGGAAACGUUGGAAGAAGGCAGGACCGGCGGUCGCCUCCCGAGAUGACGGAGCUAACGAGAGACAGUUCAACCUGGGAACAUCCAUCGACCUCUCCCUGAGUAGUCCACGGAUGCUCAGUGAUCCAUCGGCACUCACUGUACUUGCUAUCAUCAAGGAGCUGCCGGAUGGUUUACCUCAAUCACCUUACCUCCUUGACGAGUUUCAAAAGUUCCUCCCCGCGGACGUCAAUCUUCAGCGAUCUCUGCAAACGCUCAACCGGGUCGCCUUAGUGCACAUUGACAAGCGCUCAGGCGAGAAUGGCAGGUACCUGCUGCUCGCCCCGACGCGAGAGUAUUGCGUGCGGUUGUCCACCCUCCGUCUCCCGGACGAUACCACACACGCCUAUCGUACCUUCUAUGCAGCUCUGAUAACCAGUUUUCGGUACGGAGAAACCGACGCCAGGGCUCACGCAAUCGUGCGUCCCGAGUUGCUGAACGUCAGCAGCAUCCUUACGGAGUGGCUGAAGGUGUCGCAUCCUGAUGCCGGCGUAAUCUGUGCGGUCCUUUCUCAUGCUGAUUGGUCACAAUAUAUCGGAUUGCCCACAAGCACGCUACUGCGGCAGGUCAUGAAACAUCCAAUAGAUGACAAGGAGCUCUUGGCGAAAUGCCAUCAAUGUUUGGGCGAUGUUCUAUACUACACCAACGAGCUCCAAGAAGCAGAGCAGAAUUGGGACAUGGCCCUUAUUGGUCACGUCACUGCUGGCAAGUUGGCCGAGGCUGCUCAUGUUCAUCACAGCUUGGGACAGCUCUAUACGCGCACAGAUCGGCUAGACAAGGCGGAAGAUGAAUUGACAUCCGCCUUGCGGCUGCACCAGGAGGUACAAGAUUCUCUCUGGGAAGCUCACGACUAUCAAGCUCUCGCAAGCGUCUACCGGCGCAGAAGUCAACUAGACAAGGCGGAAGACGCGCUGAUGUCUGCCCUGCGGCUGCACAAGGAGGUGGAGGAUUCGAACAGUGAAGCUAACGACCGCCAAGAGCUGGGGGAGCUCUAUAUCCGCACAGGUCGACCAGACAAGGCGGAAGAUGAAUUGACAUCUGCCCUGCGGCUGCACAAGGGGGUGCAUAGUUCUCUCGGCGAAGCUAAUGACCUUCGAGCUCUUGGAGAAGUUUACCAACGCACCGGUCGACUGUACGAGGCGGAAGCCGCGUUAACAUCUGCGCUGCGGCUGCACAGGGAGGUGCAGAGCUCUCUCAGCGAAGCUCACGAUUAUCACAGGCUGGGCACGCUCUACUUGCGCACAGGCCGACUAUCCAAGGCAGAAGCUGCGCUGAGGUCCGCCCUACGGCUCCACAAGGGGGCGCAGGACUCCCUUGGCGAAGCCUACGACUAUCAUGCUCUUGGGGAACUCCACCGGCACGCAGGUCAGCUAGACAAGGCGGAAGACGCGCUGAUGUCUGCCCUGCGGCUGCACAAAGAGGUGCAGGAUCCUCUCGGUGAAGCUAACGAUCAUGGAGAUCUGGGCACGCUCUACAUGCACGCAGGUCGACUAGACAAGGCAGAAGCCGCUCUGAUGUCCGCGCUGCGGCUACACAAGGAGGUCCAAAGCGCUCUCGGUGAGGCCCACGACCAUCGAGCUCUCGGGGCACUCUACCAUAGCACAGGUCGAUCAGUGGAGGCAGAGGCCGAGUUCAACGCUUCCCUACGGUUGCAUAGGGAGGUGCAGAGCACUGUCGGUGUAGCCGACGACCAUCAUGCUCUUGGAGAACUCUACCGGCACACAGGUCGACCAGAUAAGGCAGAAGUCUCGUUGACGCUUGCUCUGCGGCUGCACAAGGAGGUGCAGGAUCCUCUCGGCGAGGCUCAUGAUCAUCAGCAGCUGGGGGAUCUUUAUCUAUGCACAGAUCGAUUAGACAAGUCGGAAGAUGAAUUGACAUCCGCCCUGCGGUUGCACAAGGAGGUGCAGGAUCCUCUCGGCGAGGCCAACGACUAUCAACGUCUGGGAGUGCUCUAUUCACGCACAGGACGUCCCGUGGAUGCUAUGACCUCCCUCCAGGAUGCUUUGCAUCUGUUCGAACAGAUCGGGAACAACCUUGGCAGGGCCCAUGUCCUUCAGUUGCUCGGAGAGUUAUACCUGCAUAGCAAUCAGUUCCAGGAAGCUGAGGCCGCAUUCUCUCAAGUGUUCGGUCUUCACGAAGAGAUCCAAGACUAUAUAGAUGCGCAGAACGAUUUAAAAUAUCUUGUCAAACUCUAUUUCAGUCUCGGUCGAGAGGAUGACGCAGCAGGAGCACUUCAGAAGCUCAUCGAAUGUCUACGUCGCACGCAGCGCUCCCACGACUUUGCGGACGAUCUUCAGACAUUCGGCUCCGUCUACAUUAGAAUGGGUCGACUGGACGAGGCGGAGGCACCGCUGAGAGAGGCACUGCAGCUGCACCAGGGUCUUGAAGGUGUAGACGAGAAGAUCGCGCGUGACCGCGCACUGCUGGAUUUGCUGCGUUAUCCUGUUGAAAUGCCACCUUUCGACGGCAUCGGCAACGCACAGCAAUGCUACCAGACAGUAUUCGAGUGCCACUUGGACGAGAAAGACAGUAUCGACCAGGCCGAGACACAUUUUACAUCGAUCAACGGCAUCGCGGACACCACGAAUACUGUUGCAUCGCCUGGAGGCGCUGGGACACAACUCGUGUCCAGUGCUGUCGCCUCUGGUCUACACACAGUAGAACAGAUGACAACAAACAACAAACAUGUAAACUGCAUUCCCAGCGCCUUCGUCGAAGGCAACACGGACCCGCAGAAUGUUAUUGACCAAGAGCCUGUUCCGGCUGACAGCGCUGACGGUCAUGUACUCGCCGAAACUGGACUUGGCUCGUCCUCAGGAUCGCAGUCCGUUCAAUCUUGUUCUAGCGCACAAGUGCGGGAUCAGGUCAUACAGACGACGGAGCCUCAGGUCCUAGCGACAGGCCCAAGUGCAGGAAACAUUGUGAGGCGCAGCAAUCGGAAUCGGGAGCGCGCCGAGGCCACACCCUCCACGACCCCUAUCCACUCCGAGCAGCCGCUAAAACGUGCGCGCAUCGGGAACACACCCACACCCACGGGCAACGGCAAAACAGCGGCAAUGGUAGCCUCCAAGCCCAAACCCAUCGCGAUGGCAGACGGACGCUUCGCUUGCCCGCACUGCCCAGCAAAGAAAUUUGAGCGCUACCAUGACUGUCGCCGACACAUAGACAUGAGCAAGCGAUGUCUGGGAUGGAACGGGAUCCUCUAUCCCUGUCGUCGCUGCGGAAAGAAGUAUACGAGGCCCGACGCGGCGAAACGGCACAUGGACGACAAGCCGAAUUGUGGGCAGAAGGGUGGGAGGAAGAAGGGCGGUAAGAAGGAGAAUAGGCCCAGAGACGACUGA